UAUAUAUAUAUAUAUAUAUAUAUAUUUUUUUUUUUUUCUUCUUCUUUUUUUUCUUAGAAUUUUGCCUUUAGUGUGUUACGUCUCGACCGGCGUCAAUUCGUUUACAGUAUAUACUCAGCACGGAACUCUCGGCAACAGACAGUACGAAAUAGCUCUGUUUCGCUGGAUUGGAUGAGAUCUAUUAAAGAUACAUCAUGUUUGCAAAGUCUAAGAGCAGCAGUUCGUCCUCCAAUUUUCAAUUAGCAAAUCCAAUAAGAAAUUUCUGCGAAAUUCGGAAGCAAACAGCUACCGCGGGACCGGAACAUGUUUGGCGUAUCUACGAUGCUUACAGUAAAGAGGACGGGAAGGAAGUUUCUGUAUUUCUCUUCGACAAACGUUCGGUGGAAAAACUUCACAAACCAAAACGCAAGGAAACUGUUACGGAAAUAUUACGGAAUGGAGCUAAGGAAAUGCAACGCUUUAUCCAUCCAAAGAUAUUGCAGGUAUAUAAAGUCGAAGAAUGUCCAGAAACAUUAGCCUUCGCCUCGGAACCGGUCUUAGCUAGUCUUGCAAAUGUCUUAGCUUAUGAAGAGCAACAAGAACUUAUCAAUAAACAAAAUACAUUGUCACAAAGCCAUCGUCCAGUUUACAUAAAAGAGUAUGAAUUAUUGGAUAUUGAAAUUAAAUAUGGUUUAUUACAGAUUACCGAGGCUUUACUAUUUCUGCAUACCAAUUCUCAUACCAAAAUUCUUCACAGAAACGUUUGUCCGAGUAAUAUCAUAAUAACGAAAAGAGGAACGUGGAAGCUCGCCGGAUUCGAAUUUAUAGAGGUGGUCAAUGAGGUACCAUUUACUAUACAACCAUGGACAAGUAGAAUGUCAAAAAUGGCCCAACCAAAUUUGGAUUACUUAGCACCGGAAAUCCAACAAAAAAAAUUAGGAAGCUUUAGUAGCGACAUGUAUAGUCUUGGAAUGACGAUAUGUGCUAUCUUCAAUCGAGGCAGACCCUUGAUUCAAGCCAAUCACAAUUGUUCCGAGUACCUGAAGCAAUUAGAAAAUCUCGAUGAUCGGGUCGGCAUUAUUCUACCAUCGGUCGCGCUUCCUCUGAGAGAAGCAGUUUCAAGACUUCUUCAAAAGGAUAUUGAUCUAAGGCCUACCGCUCAAGUUUUAUCGAUGAUCAAAUAUUUCCGGGAUCCGCUCGUGCACGCCCUUCAAUUUCUGGAUGUGAGCAAGUUAAAGGACUUGAUGCAAAAGGAACAUUUUUAUAGGACGACCCUGAAGGAAUUGUUGCCGUAUAUACCGAAGAAACUAUUGUAUCAACACAUUUGGUGGUAUCUCCAAGCUGAGCUGCAGACCCAGGAAGUCUUAUCGGCGGUCCUGCAGCCGAUCUUAUACAUCAUUGAAAUGAGUACUAAAGAAGAAUACGAGAAUAUAAUCUUUCCCACCUUGAGACCGCUCUUCUCGAAUCGAAAAUCGAUUAAUGGUACUGUAACAUUGUUAGAAAAUUUGCAUGUAAUAUUGGAGAAGACACCCGAACAGUACAUAGAUUCGGAGGUUUUACAGAUGUUAUAUACGAGUUUUGAGAAUUCUACGAUGCAAGUGCAGACGGCCGCUUACAUAGCAGUAACCAACGUGACGAAAUAUCUCAAUGAUGAAGCUAUAAGAAAUAUAAUAUUACCAAAGUUACUUCAGGCCUUCGACAAUGGUACCGUCGACGAACGUAAAUUGAUGAAAGUGGUUUACUGUAUAUUAAAUCGACUCGAGAAACAAAAGAUCAUAGACUACGUGUUACCCCUUCUGUGCAAGGUUAAAUUACAAGAACCCGAGAUCGUCGUUCGGGUUGUAAAUAUUUACAAAUUGAUGCUCACCGAUAAGAAUUACGGUCUCUCCGUCAAUUGGAUGGCAACUCGAGCGAUGCCCUCGUUACUUCCUCAAACUGUCAAUCCAGGAUUAAAUUUGGAACAAUUCAUGUCACUUUUCCAAGUGCUUCAAGAAAUGUUGAAUCACAUAGAGAGGAAUCAAAGAAAUAAGCUCACUCUAGACAAUCUCUCUUUACCGAGUCCGGAACGUUAUCGGCCUUUCCGACAUCAGCAUAGUACGGACAACAUGCACGUACCACCGUUCAACAUCCCGAAUUUAAGAAUCGAUCAACGAAAGACUUCGUCCGCCGAAGAUAUGGCGAGAAAGAAUAGCAUGACUGAACCGGAUAGGACGGCCUCAGCCGAAAAUAUGGCGCGGAAAAAUUCAAUGUUCAACGCUUUUGGAGGAUGGUUCACAUCAACGAUGAACGAUAGCAAUUUCUUAAAAGUACAUAACGCCUUCACGAGUAGACGUCUUUCGGAUAAUACUUUAAUGACACCUAAAAUACGCGUUGCACCAUCUUGCGCCAGCUCUCCAGGUGGAACACCUGGUGGUGGUUUACCUGUACGUCGACAUUCAAGUAUAGGGCCUCAAGAACGACGUGGAUCGAAUAUUAAUCUUUCACCGCCCACGGGAGGCGGAAUGCCAAUAACAAGUAGUAGCGUGCCAUAUCUUCUCAGUUCGAGUAUGAAUAGUGUUCGAGGAUCAAGACGUCCCUCGGUAUCAUCGACGUCAUCCCAACAAGGACUUCUUCAACAGGUUGGAUCCAGCAUGUAUCAGUUCUUCAAUAGACAAACCGACGCAUGAAGCGUGCAAGCAGAAAGAAAGGAGAGAUAGAGGAACGUCGAAUGCUAAUUUGUACCUAAAAAAUAGAAGAAUAUUCAUCUUUCUGGGAAAUUUAGAGAAAGUACAAGACCACCAUGCGAAAUGCAAAAGUAAAUUGCCUUUUCUAAUAUUAUCAAGAAUCUGGUACGAUCGGAACAAGGUAGGUUGUACAAAUUCGAGUAUCGCUAAGAGAAAGUAUUUGAUGUCACGAUGAUAUGAGAAUAGGAAUUCAUAAAAUCGACUUCAUUUCGAGGAUUGAUCUUUCUUUAAAUUUCUUCGAAAAAUUUUCUUCUUCAAAGUACCUACAAUUCUCAUCGAU